AUGCAGGAGUCUCCAGGUGCUUUGGGUGUCGAUGGCAGCUACACCAGCAAUGUUCCGGCUUUCCUCACCAAAUUGUGGACUCUAGUGGAGGAUCCGGAUACCAACCACCUAAUUUGCUGGAGCGCUACUGGGACCAGUUUCCAUGUGUUUGACCAGGGUCGCUUUGCGAAGGAAGUUCUACCAAAGUAUUUUAAACACAAUAAUAUGGCAAGCUUUGUCCGACAGCUCAACAUGUACGGCUUUCGAAAAGUUGUAAAUAUUGAGCAAAGCGGUCUGGUCAAGCCUGAGAGAGAUGAUACAGAGUUCCAACAUUUGUACUUCCUUCAGGGACAUGAACAUAUGCUGGAACACAUCAAAAGGAAGGUAUCAAUAGUGAAGAGCGAAGAGACCAAAGUUCGCCAAGAGGACCUCAGUAAACUGCUUUAUGAAGUUCAGCUACUGAGAACACAGCAGGACAACAUGGAGUGUCAGAUGCAGGACAUGAAGCAGCAGAACGAGGUUCUGUGGAGAGAGGUGGUUUCACUGAGACACAACCACACACAGCAACAGAAGGUCAUGAACAAGCUAAUUCAGUUUCUGUUCAGCCAGAUGCAGUCCAACACACCCGGCACAGUAAGCCUGAAGAGAAAGCUGCCACUGAUGUUGGAUGAUGGCUCCAUUAGCCCCCCUGCCUCCAAGUUCAGCCAUACUAACCCGAUGGAGCAAAUACAAGAGCCCUUCUACAUACAAUCGCCAUCCAGUGAUACUGCUUCGUGUUCUACCACUGGGCUGACAGGUGGACCGAUCAUAUCGGAUGUAACAGACAUGUCUCAAGCCAGCAUGCUACAAAUGCAGCCCGAAGAGACCAGGGAAAAGUGCCUGAUGCUGAUCAAAGAAGAGCCUGUGAGUCCAGGAGUGAGAGCAGGAGUGAAAGGAGGCAGUGUUGGCGGAGGAGACACUCUGGCAUCGACCUCCUCCUGCGAGGUGUGCACCUCAGAACCUCCUGUCCUUCCUGUCGCAAUGGUGCAAUCUGUUUUGGAGGGGAGAGGCUCAUCCACGUCAGUGACAGAGAGGAGGAUUAAGAGAGCUACGAUAGAAAGAGUGGAGUGUGCUUCUUCUGAUGCAGUGGAAAAUAUGGAUAUGAGCUUGGAGGAGUUGCAGCAGCUGAUACUCAGGAGCCAUCAACAGAGUAACAUGGAUCCAGGGACCGGUACUGUUAUGGACCCCUUCAAUGUAAACCUUCCACUGACUGAAUGGAGCUUCAAUGAGAUGGAGUCCAGCCUCAAAUCAUAUGUCUUCCAAAACCAAGAACCUGAGACUUUUCCAGCAUCAACUUGUGAGAAACAGUGAUCAGUUUGUGCCUGAGUGGUCCUUUUCGAAAUGGAAGGCCACAAACACAUCUCACAUCCCUGCAUGAAUUUGAUCCUGGGCAAGCUCUGAAUUAUAUUUGCCUUCUUUGCAUAAGUUUUAUUAUGAAAUGCAGAAAUGAUCAUAUUUGUAACAAUGAUGUCUUUUUUUUCUUGAAUGGAUUGCUUCAAUUAUAUCAACUCUUUUACCAGCUACGUGCACACAGUGCAUGCUUGGCUUGAGCACUUUAGUCUUUCUGUGAGAGGGAAUUCCUACUUAUGGAAGUGACUUUUACCUCUUAGAAUCAUAUUAUUACUAAUGUACAAGUGAACAUUGUGAUUAUCUGAGUGUGAGAAAACAGGGUGUGAGAGCGUCACUGUAUUUUUUCCUGUAUGAUUUUUUUUUUGUGUGUGUGUGUGAAAAAAAAAAUGUAGGAGCAAUCAAUACAAUUUUGUGUGUUAAUCUUAAUGAAGGUGGCAUGGUGAUCAACUGGUUAGCACGUCGGUCUCACAGAGCAGAGGCACAGGGUUCGAUUCUGGUUCCGGCCUUCCUGUGUGGAGUUUGCAUGUUCUCCCUGUGCCUGCGUGGGUUUUCUCCGGGUACUCCAGUUUCCUCCCACAUUCCAAAAAACAUGCAUGGCAGGUUAACGGAACACUCUAAAUUGUCCCUAGGUGUGAUUGUGAAUGCAAAUGGUUGUUCGUCUAUGUGUGCCCUGAGAUUGGCUGGCAACCAGUUUCAGGUGUCCCCCGCCUACUGCCCCAAGACAGCUGGGAUAGGCUCCAGCACGCCCGCGACCCUUGUGCGGAUAAGCGGAUCGGAAAAUGGAUGGAUGGAUGAAUGUUAAUGAAAGGCAAGUUGUCUCUAGUACAAUAGAAGACUUCAGUGAACAUAUGGAAUCAAGCCACUUUAAAAUCUAUUCAGAAACAGUUCUAAGUCUCGGUAGGACAUACUGUAGGAGGUUUAAAAUCAAGCCCAUAUGCUGUACAUGUGUAGGACAGACGGGUAGGUAGGGUAAUUUUGUCUAUUUACAUGUUUGGUUUCAAAGGAUAAUCACUGAUAGACUUUUCAAUUUGAUCAAAACGACAGCAACACUGCAUUUUUGCACAAACAAUAUACACGACGCAAUAUUUUGUUAUUUUAUAAACACUGGCAUUCUACACUUGCUUGAUGAAGUCCACAUGGACCUUCAUGACAAGAAACAUAUCAGAUAUUUAGACACUGCCUUUCCUAGUUUCAAAUUUCCUCCUGUGUUUUAAUAUGGGUUCAGUGAGGUGGUUUCUUGAGCAUUUCAUCAUUUAUAUAUCUAUAAAUUGAAGUAGUGCAGAUUUAUUCUCUGGAAUAAUAACAAAAACCCGAAUUUACUCACAUGUAACGUCGUUCCGUUCGAAACAGCAACACCGCAUAGAUUGAUCUUAGAUAGUUUUAGUGCUAGUAUCCUUGAGCAGAAGUUCUUAAAUGAUCAUUUGAAUUGUGCAAUACUGUACAGAAUGCAAUAUUUGGAUGACCGUAGGAAUGUAGGAAAGAGCAACUGGGAGUGGUGAAGUGGAACACACCAAAGUAAGAUGCACAGCAGAAUGAGAAUGACUGCCUGUCUAAAAAUCCUGAAAGCAGGAGGAACGUGACCUGGAGGAGGAUUUCAUUUGGCAUACUGUUGUGGAUCAGAAACCGGGCAUCCAUUUACUUUCAAAUAUGGUGAACAUUUCACUGAUGGAACUUUUACUACUGAUGAACUAUAUUAUGCCUUAUAAUUGAUCAGUGUAUCAAUUUGUUUCCAUUUGGACCCGAUGUCACGAAAAUUGAAGUCCACUCAAGUUGACAAAUUACCAGAAAAAAAAAGAGUCAAAGAGAAAACAUGUGCCUUCUGCUUUGAGGACUGUAGAUAUUUGUGACGUGGACACUCCUUCCCUGUGUAUGUCAGCUUUGGUGUAAGACGUGGAAUUGCACUAAAAAUACAGUUGUAUAUCUGAAAGUGUACAUCACAUUUAAGACGGCAUUUAUCUUCCUGUUCCUCACAACAAUUUGAUUGUUUUACAGGAGUGACUACACACAUUGAGCUGCUGAUGGGUUCUUUAUUUAUCCUCUUUUCAUUUUUAAUCAUUUGCACUGGAAAUGAAUGGAUGUGUGUUAAGUUGCAUGCCGCUAAGUAUUUGUAGCAAACCAAGUGACAAUAUGACUGCCGUAAAAGAAAGAGCCUGGCAUCCCCAAAAAAAGCAUUGUUACGCUAUGAAAAGGAAACCGAAUUGAAUGUGUCAUCGCUCAUCAUAGGCUUUCUAAUAUUUUUAAAUAAACGACACACCAAAAUGAUUUGAUGACUACCAUUAAAGAGAUUUUCGUGUUUCAAUGCUUUUAAAGCGGGCCAUCAUCAGUUGCAAAUGUGAAUGUGUUAAAAGGCUUUCAUAAAAAGACUAAAGUGCAAUGUUACAUAGGGUCAAAUUAUGGAUAUGUAUUUCAAAUGUGAACAAAACAUUAAUAAAUGAAAGAAAAGGGAUAUUUGAAUGAGA